AUGUGGGAGGGGGAGGCUCCAGCGAAGGUGCGGUUCGGCCACGAUGUUAUCAGGGAUGUUGGCAAAGCAUUUCUCAUUCUGCAUUUCGUGCGUGGUUCUUGUGUACCAUACCUCGUACUGUACCGGACACUGUGGCGGUAUAACUGGGGACAACCUGGAAUUGGUUGGCUGAUUUACUCGGCCCUACUCUCCACCAGCGAUGCCGAGAUGGAGACAAACGGUGCUGUUGGUUACGGGGCCUCGGAAGCACAUUAG